AUGACCUCUGGUAAUACACGGGCUUUACAAAUAAAGAAACCACCGAGUGAAGGUAAACUACUUAAGCAUGACACCAAACCUGCUGAGGAUAGAACUUUGCAAGAAACAGAAACUGUUAGAAAUACACGAUUGAAUGCAUCAAUUUAUCAUAUUUUCGAUGAUUCGAUAGAUCUAUAUAAGCAAGAGAAUAAUUCAUCUGAUCUACUUGGUAGACUAUAUUACGACUGCUAUGACUCUGAUGUGAUAUCACCUAGCAGCUCAGCUGCUGGGACGCCGAUUUUGUCACCGGCGCGGGAAAACGUGGGAGACGGUGUUGACGAGGAUAAUGAGUUUCAUUUUGGCCCUUUACGAAAUCUUCAUGAUAGCCAAAUUUCGUUGAAAAACGUGGGAUUGGCUGCAUGUUCAAAUACAUCUUCAUCGACGUCAUUGAACGGUCUAGCCGCUGCUCAACGUGUCAACUCUAACUCUAACUCGGGAGCUAGGCCAUUAUCCUCCAAGAGGAUUCCCUUAGAAAGAGGUAUCACCUUUGAUACUAUUGCACAUGGGUCACGAAAGUCGCUCACAUUAAAGUCGAAGCAUCCGCAGUUCAAGUUUAGAAGAAAUAACAAGACUUGGCUAGUAGGGUUCAGUAAUGAUCUGGAAAGUACUAAAGCCAUUGAAUGGCUCUUUGAUGAAAUGGUGACAAAUGGCGAUACAAUAAUCAUUCUACAAGUCUUGGACGAAAAGAAAACCCCAUUAUCAAGCAUUGAUAAAUUGCAAGCCAAUACUCAUCUUGCCAACUUUGAGAAGUUGAAUGUCCAUUUGAAAAAAAUAGCAAUUGUUUUUGAAGUCGUUAUAGGCAAGCCUCAAAAAUGUUUGAAAUUGGCAAUCGAAGAGUAUAAUCCUUCAAUGAUGGUUAUAGGAACACAUCAUUAUAGCGAAGCGAGAGAUUCAAAUCAUCAUCAUCGAGGGUUUUUCAGCUCCUCGUCGUUAUCCAAAUAUUUUCUUGAAUAUGCACUAGUUCCUGUUAUAAUAGUCAAACUAACAUACAAUUAUACGGAAUAUCUUGCUCAUCCAAUAGAUUCAGAAUUCCAUUUUCAAAAUUGGAUCAAAAACAUACAAGAUCAUCCACAAUCUGCUAUGCUGCAGCUGAAUCAAACACAUCAAAUGAAGAAAAUCUCGGGGUUCUUGAGCCCCAAUAGUUCAAAGAACUCCUCAUUCACCAACUUGGCAGAAGAGAAUAGAGGUAGAAAACUUGAUACCGAAAGCAGUCGAUCAAGGUCUACAUCAAGAACAAAACCUUUUUCAAAGUUAUUUGGUAAAAGUGACAAGUAA